AUGUUUGCUCAAUAUCAUUGUGAACCAUACCAAUUCUCGAGUGCAUGUCCAUGUGCUUGCAGUGUUGUCGCAUUUGCUGCACGAGUAGGUGGAAAAAUUGAUCCCGAGUUUCUUAUGCAAUGCCAAAUCCUUGAUCCAAAAUUUCAAAAAGCAGUUGACUCAUUGAAAGCUGUGCCAUUGAACUUCGAAGCUGCAUCUGAUUAUUAUAAUUACCAAGAAAAUAUCUUUAUUGAUCUAGGCGCACCAAAUCCAACACAAUUCUAUGAUCCAUGGGAAUUCAAACAGUUCAAUUCAUGGAUUGGAAGUGGUGAACAAUUGCAUUCUACAUUAGGCUUUGAUAGUAACGAUAUUAUCAUUGAUUUUAUAUAG